GGGCCCUGGGUGCCACGAGCUGUCCAGAAGCGCAGCCCCUAGCGGCGCGUCACUGCCAAGCCGGCCUCCGCGCGCCUCCCUCCUGCCUCUUCCCUGGCUGUACACGAUCCAGCUUGGGUAGGCGGGGAAGCAGCUGGAGCGGGACCGCAGCCGCAGCCACCCUGCAGCCGCCAGUCGGAGGUGCAGUCCGUAGGCCCUGGCCCCCGGGUGGGCCCUGGGGAGUCGGCGCCGCUCCCGGGGAGCUGCAAGGCUCGCCCCUGCCCGGCGUGGAGGGCGCGGGGGGCGAGGAGAAAGUGGAGAGAGGAAAUUGCAAAAUAGUGAGUGGACCUUCUGAUACUGCUCCUCCUUGAGUGGAAAAGGGGAAAGAACUGCAUGCGUAUUCAGCGUCCUGUAUUCAAAGGAUAUUUUUGGUGAUCUUGGAAGUGUCUGUAUCAUGGAAUCAAUCUCUAUGAUGGGAAGCCCUAAGAGCCUUAGUGAAACUUUUUUACCUAAUGGCAUAAAUGGUAUCAAAGAUGCAAGGAAAGUCACUGUAGGUGUGAUUGGAAGUGGAGAUUUUGCCAAAUCCUUGACGAUUCGACUUAUUAGAUGUGGCUAUCAUGUGGUCAUAGGAAGUAGAAAUCCUAAGUUUGCUUCUGAAUUUUUUCCUCAUGUGGUAGAUGUCACCCAUCAUGAAGAUGCUCUCACAAAAACAAAUAUAAUAUUUGUUGCUAUACAUAGAGAACAUUAUACCUCCCUGUGGGACCUAAGACAUCUGCUUGUGGGUAAAAUCCUGAUUGAUGUGAGCAAUAACAUGAGGAUAAACCAGUACCCAGAAUCCAAUGCUGAAUAUUUGGCGUCAUUAUUCCCAGAUUCUUUGAUUGUCAAAGGAUUUAAUGUUGUCUCAGCUUGGGCACUUCAGUUAGGACCUAAGGAUGCCAGCCGGCAGGUUUAUAUAUGCAGCAACAAUAUUCAAGCCCGACAACAGGUUAUUGAACUUGCCCGCCAGUUGAAUUUCAUUCCCGUUGACUUGGGAUCCUUAUCAUCAGCCAGAGAGAUUGAAAAUUUACCCCUACGACUCUUUACUCUCUGGAGAGGGCCAGUGGUGGUAGCUAUAAGCUUGGCCACAUUUUUUUUCCUUUAUUCCUUUGUCAGAGAUGUGAUUCAUCCAUAUGCUAGAAACCAACAGAGUGACUUUUACAAAAUUCCUAUUGAGAUUGUGAAUAAAACCUUACCUAUAGUUGCCAUUACUUUGCUCUCCCUGGUAUACCUAGCAGGUCUCCUGGCAGCUGCUUAUCAACUUUAUUACGGCACCAAGUAUAGGAGAUUUCCGCCUUGGUUGGAAACCUGGUUGCAGUGUAGAAAACAGCUCGGAUUACUAAGUUUUUUCUUCACUGUGGUCCAUGUUGCCUACAGCCUCUGCUUACCAAUGAGAAGGUCAGAGAGAUAUUUGUUUCUCAACAUGGCUUAUCAGCAGGUUCACGCAAAUAUUGAAAACUCUUGGAAUGAGGAAGAAGUUUGGAGAAUUGAAAUGUAUAUCUCCUUUGGCAUAAUGAGCCUUGGCUUACUUUCCCUCCUGGCAGUCACUUCUAUCCCUUCAGUGAGCAAUGCUUUAAACUGGAGAGAAUUCAGUUUUAUUCAGUCUACGCUUGGAUAUGUCGCUCUGCUCAUAAGUACUUUCCAUGUUUUAAUUUAUGGAUGGAAACGAGCUUUUGAAGAAGAGUACUACAGAUUUUAUACACCGCCAAACUUUGUUCUUGCUCUUGUUUUGCCCUCAGUUGUAAUUCUGGGUAAGAUCAUUUUAUUCCUUCCAUGUAUAAGCCGAAAGCUAAAACGAAUUAAAAAAGGCUGGGAAAAGAGCCAAUUUCUGGAAGAAGGUAUUGGAGGAACAAUUCCUCAUGUCUCCCCAGAGAGGGUCACAGUAAUGUGAUGAUAAAUGGUGUUCACAGCUGCCAUAUAAAAUUCUACUCAUGCUAUUAUUUUUAUGACUUCCACAUUCAGUUACAAGUAUGCUGUCAAAUUAUUGUGGGUUGAAACUUGUUAAAUGAGAUUUCAACUGAAUUAGUGAUAGAGUUUUCUUCAAAUUAAUUUUCACAAAUGUCAUGUUUGCCAAUAUGAAUUUUUCUAGUCAAUAUAUUAUUGUAAUUUAGGUAUGUUUUGUUUUGCCCAACUGUAACCCUAUUGUUACUUUAUAUUUCAUAAUCAGGCAAAAAUACUUACAGUUAAUAAUAUAGAUACAAUUUUAAAAACAAUUUGCAAACCAGCAGAAUUUUAAGCUUUUAAAAUAAUUUAAUGGAUAUACAUUUUUUUCUGAAGAUUAAGAUUUUAAUAUUCAACUUAAAAAGUAGAAAUGCAUUAUCAUAUGUUAUUUUUAAGAAAGGACAUAUUAUAUUAGCAUCUAGGUAAGGGUGCAUGAUAGCAUUCCUGUAUUUCUCUCAUAAAAUAGGAUUUGAAGGAUGAAAUUAAUUAUAUGAAGCAAUGUGAUUAUAUGAACAGACACAAAUUAAAAAGACAAAUUAAACCUGAAAUUAUAUUUAAAAUAUAUUGGAGACAUGAAAUACAUACUGAUAAUACAUACCUCAUGAAAGCUUUUAUUCUUUAUUGUGUUACAGAGCAGUUUCAUUUUCAUAUUAAUAUACUGAUCAGGAAGAGGAUUCAGUAACAUUUGGCCUCCAAAAGUGCUAUCUCUUAAUACAGUACCAAUCCUGGGGAUUGUAUAAUAGUUCAUAGUUAGAACAAAAGUAUCAAGUUUGCACACAAGUAGUCUGUCAGCUGACCUUUGUCGCACCUUACAGUCACCACUUGCUAUGGUAUGGGAUUAUACUGAUGUUCUUUGAGGGACUGUGAUGUGCCAGGCAUGGUUCUAAGUACUUUACUUGUAUUAUCUCAUUUAAUACUUAGAACAACCCCGUGAGAUAAGUAGUUAUUAUCUUCAUUUUACAUAUGAGGGACCAAAGGAUAGAAAAGUUAUUUUCCAAAGGUCAUGCAGUUAAUAAAUGGUGGAGUGAGCACUCAAGUCCAGGUAGUCAUAUUCCAGAGGCCACGGUUUUAACCACUAGGCUCUAGAGCUCCCGCCGCAGCCCUAUGCAUUGUGUUCACAAUGCCAAUCUAGAUGCUUCCUCUUUUGUAUAAAGUCACUGACAUUCUUUAGAGUGGGUUGGGUGCAUCCAAAAAUUGUAUAAAAAUAUUAUUAUAAUAAACUUA